AUGCUAGGAGCGCCAGACAUAUCAGCACCUGCUCUUGAGUUUCCGUCGUGCGCGCAUGUUCAUCGCAAGGUGCGAUACAACCGUUGGCUAGAAGGGCCUAAAGACACUUUAAAACGAGUACGACAGCUUAUCCGCGUCAAAGCAGUUUCGAGCGAUUUAAAUACUGAGACUGCUUUCGCGUUUGGAAAUAGACAAACCGAAGAUGGGUUUUGGUUUGUGGGAAACGGAGAAGACGAAGAACCUUUGAUACUGGGCAUCACCAGUGUCGCACUAAUGCAAAUCCUAUUGGUUCUCCAGGAAAAGCAGCCAUUCUUGUUUUUCUAUCUAGAUACUACUUUUAAGCUCAGUGAUAUUGGUUAUCCAGAUAUCAUUUCUGUCGAGUUUAACAAAUGCACCAUAUCCGAGGAACGGAAGCGGGGCAAGUGGAUUAACGGUAGGUACACUGAUUACGACUUGCUUAAUUAG